GAUGAUGGCUGGAGGUCUAAGCGAAUCUCGACCUGCAACUGAAGAAAUCCAAAAUAUGGUUGAUGCGGUAAAGUCACAGUUUCAAAAAAAGUCCAAUGAAGAAUGUACAGAAUUUAAAGCUGUCAGUUACAAAUCUCAAGUGGUUGCUGGGAGCAUGUAUUAUGUAAAGGUACAUACUGGAAACAAUAAAUAUAUACAUUUGAAAAUAUUUGAACCUCUCCCUCAUACUAAUGCUCCACUAGAGCUGAUGGACUACCAGUGUGGCAAAACCAAGAAUGAAGAUAUUGCUUACUUUUAAAGGCAAAUGCCAGAAGGCAUUU